AUGGUUGUGUCUUCAUCUUCUUGCAUUCACCUGCCGUUACACUUCACUAAAAGGAGAUGCCUUUCAAGGAACCCUCCUCUUAAUAUUCCCCAAAGGAAGCCUUUUGGGAGUUGCAACAUCACAUGGAAGCCAUCAGGGUUAGCUCGGAGACGUUAUGUUACUACUUCCUUGAAUCUUGGAGAGUCUUCUUUUAAGUGUGCUUGUUUGGCAUCUCUGGGAGAGUUUGAUGCUGUUGCUGGCUCCGGUUGGGUCCCUAUCGGUGACCAAGUUCUCUUGAUGGCUAGUGUUUUCCUCACGUAUAUGGCUGGAGUGAUUCCUCUUCAAAACUCUGGUUACUCUUCUAGAAAGAACACUGUGGAGGAGGAGAGUCCAGAUGUUGGAACUUCAGAGUCUUCUGGUAGGGACACAGGUUUUGAUGGUGGUUUGGAGUCUGUAUGGGAUGUGGUCAAAGGAAAGCUUUUGGAUUCUUUAGACGCUAUUAAGAGUGAGAGUACAUUUGGAAACAGAGUCCUGAAACCCAAACCGCCUCAAGGGAAGCCUCCUCUGAGCUUGUAUGCCAUAUCUGAAAGGCCACAGUUGUACUUGCUCUGGUCUUGCUUUCAGAAACUUGAAGAAGAGACAAAUAAGAUAUCUAACACAAUCAACUCGGAUGAGUGGAAGGUUAGUUUUAAUGAUAUUGUCAGUGAAGCUUAUCAAGGAGCAUGCACGGCUUGGCUAAAGAAGGAACUGUGUGGGGAAGACACUGAUUCUGACAAGGCGAUGACUCCGUUGCUGAUCAAAAUGUUAAAUGAAAAGGAAACUAUCUUUGAUAAAAUAAGAAAAUCAGGCAAGGAGGAUCUGUUUGCAGAGUUCUUAUACUUCCAUAAGUUUGGAUCUUUAAGGAAAGCUUCUUGUUAUGAUCUUAGCUUGUUUCGUACUCAUGGAGUUGCCAUUUUGGAAGACUUGAUGAUAACGUUAGCAGAUGCGGUCGCUAGCAUCUAUCUAGAGCUCAUUUCUGUAGACAGCAAGUUUUCAGAUGAAAUGAACAGUGGAGGGUUAGAUAUCUGUAACCUUUCUAGUAGAGCACUUCAAAAACUACGCAACGAGGUAGCUCUAUACCAAUGGUUACAUCAGAACAUGGAAGCAGUUGUGUCGAUGUAUGAAGAUCGCUUUGACCUCUACAUUCUUCAAACUCAGGUGAUCAACAACUCUGAUGGUGGUGAUGACACGAAAAGAUAUAGUUGGUGGAGAAAGCUCACACCGGGAAAAGCUAAAGCUGCCUCAUCAUCAUCAGCCUUGAGAUACUCCAUAAUAAGUGAUUUCUCAUUGCCUGUUAAACGAACAAAGGAGCUCAAGGCUCUAUCAGGAUGGAGGUACUACUUUAGUCUGUUUCUGGAGUUAUCAGAUAUUGGAAUGCCAAUCAUCAGAGUGGUGGUGAAUAAAGUGAGUAGCAUCAUAUCCUUCUUUCUUGUUACCUUGAUUGGUAGAUCAGUUGGACUCAUCUUCACUGGCAUUAGACAAUCUCUCCGGUGGAAAUGA